UAUUUGCUGAAACAAUUAAACAUUGUUGGGUUCACACAAAAAUUUUGACACCACGUGAUGAAGCUGGAAUAUCUAUUCCUGACCCUCCUAUUACUAAUGAUCUUGAAAGUAUAAAAGAAAACCCAACUGAAAAAUUAGUUAAAGAACUUCAACAACAAAUAGAUACACUAAAUAUUUGCACUCUAAUAUCAGUCAAAAAUUGGUUAAAUUCUGAAGGUGUUGUUGAAGUAGAGCAAAGAAAAGAAGAGGAAGAGAUCAUAGAGCCAACUCUAACUACAAAAAAAAAGUUGGCUGUUUUACAUAAUGCUUUAAAAAUUGUUACUGAAAUGGUUAAUAAUG